AAAUUAUUUUUGGAUAUCAUUGUUUGACACUCAUAUAGAUAUACAAAAAUUGUAUCUGGCUGUGAAAAUGGCACACUCCAUGCGUUUCUUUGCUACCGUGUUACUUCUAGCAAUGCUUGUGAUGGCUAUUGAGAUGGGAUCGACGCAAAUUGCAGAGGCAAGAACUUGCCAGUCCCCGAGCCGCCUAUACAAGGGGGAAUGUUUGAGCGAGAACUGCCUCGUCGUAUGUGAGUCAGAAGGAUUUACCGAUGGCGACUGUCGUGGACUUCACUACCGUUGCAUCUGCACUAAGCCAUGUUAAUUAAGAGUAUUAUUAUAUUAUUCAUAUAUGUAAAAAAGAAGUUUGUGAGAAACUCUUGAAUAAGAUGGUUCAAUUUGUGCUAGUUUUGUUUCUAAAGUUAGUCGUGAUCUUUGAUUGUAUGCAAUUACGGUGCAAUAGACUCGUAAUUCAUGUGGUGCAUUUCUUGUUUCUACAAC